AUGACCAUUAACGUUAUAAGCGGGGGAGAAGAAAUUAAUGGCGUGACAUACACGACAGCCAAGAAAGUUUCAAAAGUUUCAGUUACACACGGGAAGCGGGUCCGACAUGUUUUGGAGGAGGAGAGUAUUACAUUUGAUGAUGCAUAUGCGGAUGGCGUGUUAACUCCACACAACGAUGCACUGGUAAUAUCUCCACUUGUACAUGAAAAUGUGAAACGAGUUUUGAUUGAUCCAGGUAAUUCCGUGAACAUCAUUUUGCUAAGAGUAUUAAACGAGAUGCAAGCCGAAGAUAAGCUAGUACCUAAGGCACAUACGUUAUCUGGCUUUGACAAUUCAAGCGUCGUGACAAAAGGGGAGGUAGUACUUACAACAUUCGCAGAGGGAGUUGUCAAAGAUACGAAAUUUCAGGUGGUAGAGAUGGAUAUGGUUUACAAUAUGAUUCUCGGGAGACCAUGGAUUCAUGAAAUGGAUGCUGUGCCAUCUACCUUACAUCAAGUCAUUAAAUUCCCAUCACAAUGGGGAAUCCGUCAAAUCCGUGGUGAUCAACAGACACCUAAGAGCAUCAACUCCAUAGCAGAUUCAAGCACAAAAAAUGAAGAAAAAUAG